UUAGCUAACAAUUCGCAGGGUGGACUCUUUCUUGCCAUCGUAGCUCUUUUCCUACCUCCACUAUCCGUCCUCAAAAGAACGGGCUGCGACCAUCAUCUGUUCAUCAAUAUCGUCCUCACCUUGUUCGGCUGGACACCUGGUAUUCUGCAUGCCUGGUACAUCAUU